UCACUGCUCCCUCUCUCUAACAUAGAUUGCAAGGAAUGGAGCCUGUCGUCUCUGCUUCCACUUCAGCCACCAAGCCUCCUCCUGAAGUGCAGGCAGCGGAGGCAACUGCCACCAUGCAACCUGCCCCACUGCGCAAGAUCAUGGCGGUGGCCAGCAUCGCCGCCGGCAUACAGUUCGGCUGGGCCCUACAACUCACACUACUCUCACCCUACGUCCAAAUACUCGGAACUCCACACAUGUGGGUCUCCUUCAUCUGGUUCUGCGGCCCUGUCUCCGGCAUCCUCGUCCAGCCCCUCGUCGGCUACCACAGUGACCGCUGCACCUCCCGCUUCGGCCCCCGCCGCCCGUUUAUCGCCGCCGGAACCCUAGCCGUCACCUUCGCAGGCUUCUUAAUCGCAUUCUCUGCCGACAUCGGCCACCUCCUCGGUGACGAACUAGUCGCCACCGGAGAGGAGCACAAAAUCCGUCCGCGCACCAUCGGCCUCGUCAUCCUCGGCUUCUGGAUCAUUGACUUCGCCAACAACAUGCUCCAAGGACCGUGCCGCGCUCUCCUGGCCGACCUCGCUGCGGGGAAUCAAAGCAAAACGAAAACCGCGUACGCACUCUACACGCUCUUCAUGGCGGUCGGAAACGUCCUGGGCUCCGCCGCCGGAUCCUCCGGCGGGCUUUACAGAAUCCUGCCUUUCACAACGACGAAAGCAUGCCACGACGAGUGCGCGGACGUGAAAACGUGUUUUAUGAUCUCCGUGUUGCUAUUGGUUGUUAUUGUAACCGUCAACUUGAUGUACGUGAAGGAAAAACAGUUAACGGUUUCCAUUGGGAAAAGUGAAAAAGGCGGGAUGAGAGAAUUAUUGGGUGCAUUGCAGGGGCUUAAGAGGCCGAUGCGGAUCCUUUUAUUGGUGACGUGUUUCAAUUGGAUUGCGUGGUUUCCGUUUUUUGAGUACAACACUGACUGGAUGGGGGUUGAGGUGUACGGAGGGAAGGAUAAGGAGCAGAGUGUGUAUGAUACUGGGGUCCGCGAGGGUGCCACCGGGAUGAUGGUGAAUUCUAUUGUGUCUGGUGGCGCGUCCUUGGGGAUUGGUGUGUUGGCGCGUGGGCUUGGUGGCGAGAAGAGGCUAUGGGGAGUUGUUAACUUCUUGCUAGCCGUUUGUUUGGCCAUGACGGUGCCUAUCUCCAAGAUAGCCAAACAUUUGCGGCGGUAUGCGGUGGGUGCUGGCGGAUCUCUGGAGCCUCUUCCGCCGUCUCGUGGCGUCAAGGCUGCUGCCUUAACUCUCUACGCCGUCCUUGGAAUUCCUCUUGCUAUCACUUACUGCAUACCCUUUGCUCUGGCAUCUAUAUUCUCCACCAACGCAGGAGCAGGACAAGGUCUAUCCCUGGCAGUUCUCAAUCUUGCAGUUGUCAUACCACAGAUGUUGAUGUCUGCUGUUAGUGGACCAUGGGACAAAUUGUUUGGUGGCAGUAACCUGCCAUCUUUCGUGGUUGGUUCCGUAGCGGCUGCAAUCAGUGGCAUAUUGUCCAUAACCUUGCUGCCCUCUCCGCCGCCGGACGUCAAGGCUGCAAUCACCGGAGGAGGCUUUCAUUAAUUAAUUAAUCAAUGCAACAUUUUAGUUAUCCAUCUCAUGUAUAAUUGGCAAAAAACAGAAUGCUCUUUUAAUUUAACUAAAGCUGUUUGCUUAAUUAAGAUCAUUUAGGUUAUCCAACCAGAUGCUACAAGCAAUU